GUGGAGCGACUCUGCUCCUCACUUCUCCACUUCUCCAUGUGUGUUUUCCCUGCAGUUCAUUUCUCAUCCUCCCUGCUGACGUCUGACUUCCGCAUUCCUCGCUCUUCCCGAUCAGGGAUCAGCGCUCGAGACUCGAGCUGAUGCAACGAUUCCCGCUCUUCAAGAUCUACUCGCGACCUCCAGCUGACGUCACAAAGGGACUCCACUCGCUCACCUCGAGACCAAAGUCAGCUGUGGUCACGGGCGUUUGUGACGUGAUGCCCGGACAGAUCCCGGACCCCUCGGUGACGGCGGGCUCACUGCCCAGUCUGGGCCCUCUAGUGGGCAUUUCUGCCACCACACUAACUGAACACCUGAAAUACGCCGACCUCUGCAACCUUGGGGCCAUGCUGUCCCCGUUACAUCUACUGGGGAAGCUGGGCAAGCGGCCGCUCCCGAUUAAAGCUGAGAAAGAUGAAGAGGAAGAGAGGAGGAAAAGAAGGCGAGAGAAAAACAAAGUGGCAGCAGCAAGAUGUCGAAACAAAAAGAAAGAAAGAACAGAGUAUCUCCAAAGGGAAUCUGAGCGUCUAGAGAUGAUGAACUCGGAGCUGAAGUCACAGAUCGAGGAGCUGAAGCACGAACGACAGCAGCUCAUCCUGAUGCUCAAUCGCCAUCGGCCCACCUGCAUCGUGAGGACGGACAGCAUUAAGAGCCCUGAGAAAGAGGCCAACCCUCUCCUGGAGCAGGUGGAGGCCGAAUGAGAAGGACCACACAUUUCCAUGUUACUGUUUACAGGUUAGCUCCUCUCCAGCUAGCUGAAGCACUUGGUUUGAAGCACUUGGACAUUUUAAGGAAGGUUGGAGAGUUGCGACUAAACAAAGCAACAAGUAAAACACACUGAUGAUGGCCUCAGUACAUUGGGCUGUGUGUUGGCAGUUACAAAACGUUUAUGGGAUUGUUUUUCUCCUGUAAAACUUUUUUUUUUUUUUUUUUGUGGUCAUAAAGUGCCUUAUUUUAGUCUGUUUAGGAAAGAAUUGUCAAUAGUUUGUUAUGAAUUCAUGAAAACACUCAUCAAAUGGUUGGACACGCAUGUUGUGGCCUCGCCCUGUUAACUGGAUGAUUCUUCAUGGACUGUCUCAACGUUUAUUCACCAUUUGCUGCCUUCAGUUGCGUUUUUUUGUUUUUCUGACGCAGGCGUCAUGUAUGCACAUAUGUAUGAACUGUUUACAUCUUGCCAAUUUAUUAUAGUUAUCUACUAUAUAUAUAUAUAUAUGAUUUUUAUACUUCCUGUACAUGGACUUAUCACUAGAUGUGAUACAUUUUAUGCAACAAACAAUUUCAUAACCUCUAUUUCUGUGACUUAUUCAAUUUGUUGUAUAGCUGUGAAAACUGCAAACAUUUAUUAAACAGUGAUUUUCAAAUGUUA